AUGACAAAAAUAUUUAGUUCAUUUAAUGAUGUUAAUGAUUUUUCAUCAGGAUCACAUCAUGUUUUUUCACAUUAUUGUGAAAAUGAUAAUGAAUCUUAUUCUUCAAAAUAUUUACCACCAAUACAACUUCCACCUUCAUCACCAUUAUCAUCACAAAUAAAUAGUAAAGACAAUGAAAUACGUAAUGGCCAUCAUAAAAUUCAUUCACCAAUUAUUAUUGGUAAACCAUUUUCUGCACUUAUUAAUUCACUUAUUCCAUCGCCACAAUUAUUAUUACAUGAUACUGAUGAACAAACCAUAUAUGAUGAAUAUGGUUUUCGUAUUGAUAUUAAAGAAAAUGAACAACAUUAUGAAAUUGUACCUUGUAUUGAAAAUGAACAAGCUAAACUUCGGUGGCUUACACAUCUUGAUUCAACAUAUAAAAUUGAUGUUAUUCAUUUACCACUACAAGAACAAGAAUUUGUAAAAAAAAUUGAUCCAAAACAAAUACGACAAGAUACAAAAAUUCCAUUACUUUUACAACAAUCAUUUGGUAUUCCAUUAUCAAUACGUGCUCAAAUUUGGAUGUGUCUUAGUGGUUCUGUACAUAAAAAACAUCAAGCUAAAAUGUCUUAUACUGAUAUGCUUAAACAAUGUAAUAAUGAUACUCAACUUUAUUCGAAACAAAUUGAAAAAGAUCUUUUAAGAACAUUACCAACAAAUGCUUGUUUUAUGACAAUGAAUGCAUCAGGAAUAUCUCGAUUAAGACGAAUUUUACGAGCAAUAGCAUGGCUUUUUCCAGAUAUUGGUUAUUGUCAGGGUAUGGGUGUUAUUUGUGCAACAUUAUUAUUAUUAUUCGAAGAAGAAGAUGCUUUUUGGAUGAUGUGUUCUAUUGUUGAAGAUCUUUUACCAGGUCAAUAUUAUUCCGUAUCAUUAUUUGGUGCACAAGUUGAUAUACGUGUAUUUCGUUAUUUAAUUCAACAAUAUCUUCCAAAUAUUCAUAAAUUAUUUAAUGAACAUGAUAUUGAUUUAACAUUAAUAUGUUUUCAAUGGUUUUUAACAUUAUAUUCUAAUGUAUUUCAUACAAAAUUUAUUUAUCAUUUAUGGGAUUAUUUUUUUCUUUAUGGUUCAAUUAUAUUAUUUCAAAUAGGUUUAAUUAUGUUUAAACAAUAUGAAGAAAUUUUAAUAGAAUAUAAUAAUAGUGCACAAAUAUUUAAUUUUCUAUGUGAAUUACCACAAUUAUUUGAAUAUGAAUAUGGUAAUAAUGAACAAAUAUUUCAAAAUUUACCAAAAUUAUUUAAUUUAACAUCAACAACAAUAGAUAUAUAUAGAAAAAAAUAUUUAGCUGAAUUAAUGUCACAAGAAGGUUUUACAAUAAAUCCAAAAAUGAAUUUAUUAAAUUUACCAAAAGAUAUUUUAUCACGUCGUUAUAAUCAAAAAUUGACAUCUACAGAUCGAUCAAGUGGAUUUUUUUCUCGUAAUAAAUCAAAUUUAAUAUCAAAUAAUUGUCAAGCACUUAUUGAACGUAAUAUAACACAAACUGAAAUGCUUGUUAAUUUACGUGAAGCUAUACUUAAAAUAGCAAAACAUUUUAAAGAUAAUGAUCCUGAAGGAUAUACACAACAAAACAUUGAUCUUAAUGUUGAUUAUUCAAUUGAAUCACAUGUUAAAGAUCAUGAACAUUAUGCUAAUAUAUCAUUACAAAAAUGUAAACGUGCUAAAGCUUUAUUAGAUUUUGAAUGUCAAGAUUCAAAUGAACUUGGUUUUAAAAAAAAUGAUAUUUUAAAAAUUUUAUCAAUGUCUGAUGAACAUUGUUGGAUUGGAGAAUUAAAUGGUAAACAUGGAUGGUUUCCAGCUAAAUUUGUACAAUUAGUUGAUGAAAGAUCAAAAUUAUAUUCAUUAGCUGGUGAUGAUAGUGUUAAUGAAAAUAUAUCAGAUCUUGUUCGAGGAAAAUUAGCUACAUGUAUCAAGUCAAUAUUUGAACAUGGAUUAAGAAAAACUUCGACUGUACUUGGUGGUAUUUGUCAUCCAUGGUUAUUUAUUGAAGAAGCAGCAUUACAUGCAAUAAAUAAAGAUUUUGAUAGUGUUUAUGCUCGUCUUGUACUUUGUAAAACAUAUCGUUUGGAUGACGAUGGUCGAAUAUUAACACCAGAAGAAUUAUUAUGUCGUUGUAUACGUUCAAUUAAUUAUACACAUAAUCUUGCACAUGCACAAAUGGAUGUUAAAUUGCGAUCAUUUAUAUGUGUUGGUCUUAAUGAACAAGUUCUUCAUUUAUGGUUAGAAACAUUAUGUUCAUGUACAGAUAUUAUUAAUAAAUGGUAUUUACCUUGGUCAUUUUUACGAUCACCAUGUUGGGUUCAAAUAAAAUGUGAUCUUCGAGUUCUACAACAAUUUUCAUUUACUCUACAACAAGAUUUUGAAUUACCAGCUGCUUAUAGACAAUUAGAUGUUCUAUCAAGUGUACGAGAUAUGUUAAUGAAACAUCAUCUAUUUAGUUGGGAUCUUUAA